AUGACCCAGGAGGAGACAAGACAGCAGCCAGCUGCACUGGAGACCAUGGCAAGCGCGGAAACUGCUGGAGCGGAAGCCAAAGCAAUCUCAAGAUCAGGCCGAGAAAGAGUUGCCGAGGACGGCAGUCUCACCGUCUACUCAAAGCGGAGCGAGCGUCUUCGCAGGAAGCAGGGUCGCAGCAAAAAAGCACCGAGCGACCACCGCAGCUUUCUCGACCUGCCCUUUGACAUAUUGAUCCAUGUCCUCGCCUUUAUCCGUCCCAGUGACGUUUUCCGGCUCUCCCGCACAUGCCGCACCCUCAACACAUUCCUCAUCCAGGAUCACCCUGCGCUGGUCGCGCGCACCAUCAUCCAGCGGCGCUACUCGUGUCUGGAGAAGUGCGUACGCCUCCCAGCCCUGCUCUCGGAAAUCGAAGACCCAGGCCUUCGGGAUCUGGUGCGGCACCCCGAAAGGCAGAAGAAGCUUGAUAUCCACAGGAGGCCCUACUAUCAGCAUGUGGCGCCCCCUGACCCGGCUCUGGUGUGUACCUGCAUGACGUGCAUCCUGCGGUGGAACCUCCUCUGCCUGGCUGUCGACUUCGCGCACUGGCAGGAUGACCUGGACAAGGGCGAACCGCUCCCCAUCAUUCCUCGCGGCAGACAGCCCAAGUGGAAUAGCAAGCUCCUGAUCUCGCACGAAGCCAUCGUGUUGAAGGCUGUCAAUCCCGCCGUCAGCGGUGCUGCUUCUCCCCUGUGGUAUGCUGCCAUCCUCGAGGCCCAUCUAGCCUCCACCGUGAGGGCCAUAUCGAGGCACAGCGCCAACAAGGGCAACAGGCGGCCGCGGUUCCGCAUGACGCUUCAAGAUAUGGCGAGCGGGGCUGACGCUUUCCUGGAGAGGAGCGGGCCCCCGUCGGCGGACUUUCCUUUCCACCGUGACAACUACUACAUGCUCGAAGCUUACCUGCCGAAUCGGUGCUGGUUGAAGGAAAAAGGCAGGUGGGGUUACAUGCCUGCUGAACAGCACAACACAGAUCUAGAGCAGAUCAGGAGGUGGGCUUCGUGGUGGACAAAGCCGACGCCCAGCUGA